CCUCUCUCCAGAUAUAAGCCGGCCUCUAGGCUCUAGCUUGCUGUAGAGCUCAUUGCAACCAUGGCUAAUGAUAAGCUUGCUGCCUUGGUUGUGGUAGCAUUGCUCGGUUGUAUGGCGCACACAUGCCAAGCGAGCUACGGGUAUCCCAACCCAAUGCCGCCCAUCCCAAGCCCGACACCACCUACGGCACCGGCGCUCUCCCUGAACUACUACAGCUAUUCCUGCCCUAAUGCGGAGGCAAUUGUGAGGGAGGCCGUAAAGAACGCCACAGACAACAAUCGCGGCAUCGGUGCCGGGCUCAUCCGCCUCUUCUUCCACGACUGUUUCGUCAGGGGUUGCGAUGCCUCGGUUCUCCUAGACCCGACGACGGCCAACCCGGAGCCGGAGAAGCUUGGCAUCCCAAACUUCCCUAGCCUCCGCGGCUUCGAGGUGAUUGACGCUGCGAAGGAGAAGCUUGAGAAGGAGUGCAAGGAGGUUGUCUCGUGCGCUGACAUCGUCGCCUUCGCUGGGCGCGACGCCACCUUCUUCCUCAGCAACGGCAUGGUAGACUUCAAGAUGCCGGCUGGCCGGUACGACGGGCGUGUGUCUUUCGCCAACGAGACCCUCCGUGACCUGCCCCCUCCUUUCGCCAACGUCACGGUGCUGGAGUCAAUGUUCAAAGCCAAGGGGCUCGACCUCGACGACAUGGUCACCCUCUCCGGCGCGCACACCGUCGGGAUCUCUCACUGCUCGUCCUUCGCUGACCGCCUUCCAGCCGACCCCUCGGACCCCACGUCCAUGGAACCCACGUUGGCUAGCUCGCUACAGCAGAGGUGCAACCGCGGUGGUGACCCCGUGGUGGUGCAGGACGUCGUUACCCCCCGUGACCUGGACAGACAGUACUACCAGAACGUACUUGACCGUAAAGUGCUAUUCAAAUCGGACGCGGCACUGCUGUCGCCGCAGACACUCAAGGCUGUGGAACACAACGCCAAGAACCCCGGGAAGUGGGAGCGAAAGUUCAAGGAGGCAAUGGUUAAGAUGGGCAACAUCGAGGUGAAGACCAAGGCCAACGGGGAGAUCAGAAAGCAGUGCCGUUUCGUCGACUAGCGCCCGGUUGAUGAGACAAAACCCUACUUCAUCUUGACUCCUGAAGCCGGACACUGAUCAGAAUAAGCUCGUGCUUUUGUUCGUAUGUGUUAGCUUAAUUUCCGUUACAGUUUACUACCAAAAUUUGUAUUAGUGGUCCAUUUUUGCUUCACAUCUGUAUCGAUAAUAUUUGGUGUACUCUAUUAUGAGAUGUGAUUGUCAAAAGUAUAUUUAGUUUGCUGAAAAAUCG